ACGUUAAUUUCAACAGAUAGUAACAUUUUGGUUUUGGAACGAUUUUUAACUGAACAGUAAUAAGAAAUAAUUGUUACGCACCGAAUUCUUAUUUUGGAUAGUAAAAUUUAACAAUUGUUCACAACGGCUUAUUUCAUGCAUACAGAAGAAAUGAAAGACAAACAUUGAAUUUCGUAUGAUCAACAGAGAGUAAAAAUCGAGGAAGGGGUGAUAACAAGUAGGAGCAAAGUACCAAGCAACAGCCUCUGAUUUAGUCUUGUUUAAUUCGUCACGCUGCGCAGAUCAUUUCUUACUACGGCGGAACACCGAACAAAACAGAAUCCUUAUCAGUACAACACAGUUUUAUCUCUUGUGCUGCUGUCCACCUAAGGCUUCAACACUCAACGGAGAAUGUAAUCUAAUCAGCGCGCGAACGUAACGUGAGUUGAAAGCCUUAUCAAAUAUUGGAACACCGAUCUAGAAAUUCCCAAUAGCCAAUAAUCUGCGGAAGAUAUAACACCGAGGCUUUCAUAAAUAAGGAACUAUUUGGCAAUAUUGCAUGAACUUAGACCUCCAAUGUAUAAGGCUAUUCACUUAACGCGGUCAAUUGCAGGUUGUAAUGCCAUUCGGAAAAGUUGUAUGUUUCGCCAGUUCGGUUCUAAUUCCAAAUCAAAACUACGUCGUGUGCUGGUAGUGUCCAAACUAACUCGAUUAGAGUUUGAAAAAACUCGUGACGGUCUGUUGAGCGAUGAAAAACUGGAACAGAAAAUACGCAUUCGCGGCUCGGAUUAUGAUGCGAUGAAAUACUAUCAUCACUUGCACAAGGAUGUAGAAAACGAUGUGGUUGAAUCGUUUCGCAAGGAAGGUAUUGAAGUGAAAGUGGUUAAUCGGUUAAUUAUCAACAAAGAACAUCUUCGAUGGGCCGAUCUGGUUGUACCGAUCGGUGGCGAUGGCACUUUCCUGUUGGCAGCCGGCAGAGCAAGUCCAUUCAUGCUGGAUGAAGGCAGGCAAACUCCGGUGGUAGGAUUCAACUCCGAUCCAAGACGAUCAGAGGGACGGUUGAUGCUACCGAAGUAUUAUUCGGCAAAUAUCAGCGAAGCAGUUAAACGAAUUUUAACGGGCAAUUUCAAUUGGAUGCAACGUUCUAGAAUAAGAACCACGUUAGUUGGGAACACGACCACAGAACGACCACCGCCAAUCGAUUUGCAUGAGUACAACGUAUCACCGGUCGAACACGAGGAAGUCAUUGGACCAAAGGGUACGGAGUAUAAAAGCAGCAAUCGAAUUCUGCCAUACUUAGCAUUAAACGAGGUAUUUAUAGGGGAAAUGGUCUCAGCACGAGUAUCUCACCUACAUCUGAGGAUCGAUAAAUCUAACGUGAUUACUAAAACUAAAAGUUCAGGGCUGUGCGUUAGUACUGGCACUGGUUCCACUUCGUGGCUUACGAGCAUGAAUCGGUUAUCUACCAGCAACAUACGGGAUCUGAUAUAUAUUAUAAAGCAGCAUUCAAAUGUAGCUGAAUUGGACGACAUCGAUCCGGAAGUGAUAUCCGAGGAAUACAAUCGUAACCUGGUCUUCGCGGCCGAUGAUCCGCGAUUGUGUUAUUCAAUACGAGAGCAAGUUUGCGUCGGAGUUUGGCCCAAUCCGAAAGGAUUGGAAUCACGGGAUUUUGCUAAGGAAAUUACAGUCAAGUCCAGAUGUAUUGAUGCGAGCCUCGUGAUAGAUGGCAGCAUUGCAUACAAUUUCAACGAUGGAGCAGAAGCUCUGCUUGAGGUUCAUCCGGAGGAUGCGUUACUAACCAUAGUAAUGGACUGAAAACUUGCACACUACAGAUGUUUUACCUCGAUAUAUUUUCUUAGAUUGUAAGGAUGAAAAUGAGAAAAAUGAUAGAUAGAAAUCGUGCAAUGUUUGGACAAAGUGCAAAAAAUAAUCUGCACAUUAAGCUGGUAUAACUAAAAUCUUUCAAGAUAUGUUUUGAAUGAACGCGCAUUUAUUUAUAAUAAAUAGGAAAACUUAUGAAAAUUCUAAAAAACUGUUCUUUGGAUCUAAGUGUGAAGUAAAAG